AUGUUUUCUGUGCUGCGGAAACAUGAUCAAGCUGUUACUAUUUGGGGGAUAGUUGAUGGGCAUAGGACAACUAUUGCGGCUGUUUAUGGCAAUAACAAUGGAGUUGCUAGGAGGGGUCUUUGGGAACACCUAAUCUUUGUUGGGAAUGAGGUUGGAUCUUCCUCAUGGGUUAUUGGGGGGAUUUCAAUAUUAUUGCAAAAGCAAAGGAGAGCUCUGAUUUUGAUGUUAUGGGAUAAAUCAUAUUUAGCUCGUAAAUUAGAUAGGAUGUUAGUCAAUGAUCAAUGGCUGCUUGAUCACCCUGAUUCUUUUGCCGAAUUUGCUGCUCAGGGAGUUUCUGACCACUGCCUUGGUUUACUCUGGUCACACAAGGAUGGCAUGAUCAAAAGACCUCGCCCUUUUAAAUUCUUUAAUUGUUGGACUGGGCAUGAGAAAUUCUUGGGUAUUGUUAGGGAUGCUUGGGUAAGUAGCAAAAGGGCUGAAUUAGAACUAACUCAAAUUUUUAAUCUGGCUCACCCGGAGCAACGGAAAAUUGAUGAUGAGAGGAGGAUUCAAGCUGAGCUAGUGGAUUUGGAGAUUGCAGAAUCUGUUUUCUACAAGCAAAAAGCAAAAGCUCACUGGCUUAGGGAAGGUGAUUUAAACACCAGAUUUUUUCAUCAGAGGACACAAGUAAAUAAGAAAAAGAAUACAAUUAGAUUAGUUAUGGGUGAGGAUGGACAGAGGUAUGAUACCUUUGAUGGUAUGGCUGCAGAGUUAGUGAAGUUCUUCACUAACCUUAUUGGCUCCACUGACCCUUUGUUUAAGAGUUUCCCUAUUGAGAGUUUGAAAGAUUUACUGAGGUAUUCUCUGCCUGAUGGAGCUGUUUCUUUUCUCACUAAGGAGGUUAGUAAAUUGGAGAUUAAAGAGGCUUUAUUCAGGCAAGGGAAGGACAAAACCCUGGGUCCAUAUGGCUUUACUUUUGGUUUUUUCAAAGCUAUCUGGGAAAUUGUGGGCAGUGACUUUAUUUCUGCCGUGAGGUAUUACUUCCAAACUUCUUUCUUGCUGCCUGCUUUUAAUGCUACAACUUUAGUGUUGGUUCCAAAGUCCUCAAAUGCUUGCUUUGCAAAAGAUUUUAGACCGAUAUCUUGUUGUUCUGUAGUCUAUAAAACUAUAACUAGAAUCCUUGUGGAUAGACUUGUUCCCUACUUUCCUGAAAUGAUUUCCCAGAAUCAAACAUCUUUUGUUAAGGACAGGAAUAUAAUGGAUAACACUUUGUUGGCUCAGGAAGUGGUUAGAGAAUAUUCUAGGAAAAGUCUUUCUCCUCGAGCAAUGGGUCUUCCUGAAAUGUUUUGCAAUUGGAUCAGUGGUUGCAUUACUACUCCUAUGUAUUAUGUUUCUUUGAAUGGCAGCCUGGUGGGGUUCUUUAAGGGUGCAAGGGGGAUUAGGCAGGAUGACCCAUUGUCAACCUAUCUUUUUGUUAUAGUGAUGAAUGUGAUGUAUUCUCUCUUGAAUUCUGCUGCUAUGAAGGGUGUUUUUAAGUAUCAUCCCAAAUGCAAACGAAUCCAACUCACCCAUCUUUGUUUUGCGGAUGAUCUAUUGGUCUUUUGUCAUGGUUCCCUUGAAUCUGUGCUUGGAGUCGAAAGUACUCUGGAAAUGUUUUAUGAACUUUCAGGGCUUAAGUUGAAUGUUUUGAAAACUGAAUUCUUUGCUUGUGGCUUGAGUCAAAACACCCUUGAUCAGAUCUGGUUAGCCACUGGCUUUAGAGUUGCUCAGCUUCUAGUUCGGUAUCUUAGGGUUCCCCUAGUCACUCGAAAGCUCACUGGUUGUGACGCCUCGGCUAGAGGAGCCCGUGUAGGUUGGAACCAAAUUUGCUCCCUUAAGUCUGAGGGUGGUUUGGGACUUAGGGAUCUUUCUCUUUGGAGCAAAUCUUGUUGUUUGUUGCUUAUAAGAAAUAUCUUAGCGGAGGAAGGCUCAUUGUGGAUCGCCUGGGUGAAAGCUUAUUGUUUCCAAUCUGUGAGUUACUGGGAAGCAGUCUGCAAACCUCACUACAGCUGGAUUUUGCUUAAACUUUUGAGGCUGCGAGAUCUUGCGAGUAAUCUAUUUCCUCCUGACUCUGAAUCGAGGGAUCACUUAUUUGCUGCUUGUCCUUUUGCUAUGGAUGUUUGGAACUCUGUUCUAAGCCUUUGUGGUACUCGUUGUGUUGUUCUUACCUGGGAUCAACGUCUUAGCUGGAUGGUUGGAAACCUGAAGGGCAAAACUUUUCGAGUACGGAUUCUAAAACUUGCUUGGACUGGUUUUUUGUAUUAUAUUUGGGAAGAGCGUAACUAUAGGCAUUUUAGAGGCAUCUCAAGCUCAAGUGAGCCGACGACUGUGGUAACGGCCGAUCCGGUGUCAACCCCCUCGGAGAGUCCAGGGUUUCAUGCUGUUUCGUCGGGAUCUCUUACCCCAAUGGAAGAGGAUGGUUCUCAGCCUGUAAACUCCACUUAA